AUGGGAGAGGAUCUAGGAAAAAUUAGAUGUAGAGGAAGUAAGGCUGCUGGUCAUCUGUCCUUUGCUGUCCCUGUUGAAGGUUAUGACGAUAAAUUUGUGGUGGGCCUGGAUAAGCAAAUUUUAUUAAUUGAUUGGAAUACUUAUGAAAGUAAAUCAAUUUAUCAAUGGAUCAUAUUAAAUAUUAUAGAUGCAAGCAUCCCUGGAAAUAGAUUGAAUUAUGGAACCGUCGACCCGUUAGGCAAACUAGUAUUUGGUACGAUGAACACUAAUGGACUCCGAUUGGCUAAUGUUAGCUCUUUGAAUUAUGAUUUGGAAUUAACAACACACAUAAAGAAUAUUGUUUCGACCGUUGGCAUUGUGUUUGACCCACGUCCGCCUCGUCGUCCUAAAGUCUAUGUCAUCGAUUCAGGGAAAAACUAUGACAUCGAAGCCUACUCUUAUCACCGCACAUCAGGAAUAUUUGGGAGCAGCAAUGUCGUCUUUAACUGGGCACAACAAGGUAGGAUAGGACAUCCACGCCGGCUGACAGUUGAUAAGAAUAGUCAUCUCUGGGUGCCUAUUUAUGAAGGACGCACGAUCAUUCAAGUGGAUCCAGCUAGUGAAAAUGUAUUACAUUUUUUCUUCACAUCAGAAGAAAGAGUCGGCGCUUGCGUUUUCGGAGGAUAUCGACACGAACGUUAUCAUGGCAUAAUUCCAGAAAACGAUAGAGGUGGUUCAAUUUUCGCUCUCAAGGUACCUGGCGUGCAGGGAUGGCCACCAAAAAAAUACAAAAUGAAUAUGCAAGAAGUUUGGCGUCGGCCUCAAGGCACGCUUUUCCCGAGACCUUAA